AUGUCUUCUCCUCCCACAGUAGUAGCCUUGCCUCGCUCCACGGACGUCAAGGACACGACCAUCUCCCACAUUGAGUCCUCAGGCAUGGACCAUGCCACGCCCGCGGUCUCGGACGCUUCCAUUUCCAUUAUCAACACGUCGUGGUUGAGCAACAAGAAGAUCAUUGCCAUCGCCUUCUUCCUCAACUGUGCGUCCUUCGAGUACGGCGUCGACCAGGGCACGGUCAAUGGUUUCCAGGCCAUGCCGGGGUUCCUGCUCGUGUUUGGCUAUGCCGACCCUAACCUUCCCGGCGGCCUGGGGAUUCACACCACCGUCCAACAGCUCAUCAUGAGCUUGGUCUCUCUCGGCAUGUUGGUCUCCACCCUAGUCUUUGGCGCCAUCAGUGGCAGAAUCGGCCGUAAGGGAGGCAUCUGGCUCGGGUGCGCCUUGAUGAUGGUCAGCAUCACAGUCCAGAUCACUACCACCAGCCUCGGGGGCCUGUACGCCGGCCGUCUCAUUCUUGGCUUCGCUAACGGCUUACUCCUCAUGGGCCCGCAGCUCUAUAUGCAGGAGUGUAUCCCCGCCAACCUGCGGACGUUUAAUUAUACCCUCUUCCAGGUGUGGGUGAGCAUCGGGGCCCUGGUUGGCAGCAUCGUCGACAACUACACUGCCACACGCCUGGACCGCUCCUCCUACCAGAUCCCGCUGGGCAUCAACUACAUCAUGACUACCGUGUUGGCGAUUGGCCUCAUCUUCCUGCCGGAGUCCCCCCGUCUGCUGUGCGUCCGCGGCAAGACUGAGGAUGCGCGACGUUCUCUCCGCCGCCUGCGCGAUGCCUCCUACAUGGACCUCCAGAUUGAAGAGGAGCUUGCCGAGAUCCGUCACGCCAUCCAGGUCGACCUCGAGGUUACACGAGGAGUUAGCCCGGCUGAUUUGUUUAAGCCCAAGGUCAUUAAGCGAACCCUCACCUCGGUGGGCGUGGCUUGCUUCGCCGGUAGUAGCGGAAGUCAAUUCAUCAUCCAGUAUGGUGUCUAUUUCUUUAUGUUAUCGGGCAACACCAAGCCGUUCCUGGAUGGGGUCAUCCUACAGUGCUUGGGUCUUGCUGGCGCUCUGCUGACUCCCCUGUACACUGGUAAAUUGGGCAAGCGUAAGCUUUUCAUUAUCGGAGGAUCUAUGAUGACGCUCUGUAUGCUGGGCAUGGGGGUGGCAUACUCGACGGAAGGAGUGGGCGCCACAGGAGGGCGGGUCAUUAUCGCCAUGUCGUGCAUCUACGUCUUCUUUUUCUGCGCGACCGUCUCGCCCUUCUGUUGGCAAGUGGCGGCGGAGAUCCCCAACCAACCCCUGCGUGGCAUGACCCUGGGGCUCGCGUCCGCCAUCACCUUCACGGCCGGCUGGCUGUUGGUCUUCACUGUGCCCUACUUCAUCAACCCGACCUCGCUCAACUGGGGCGGCAACUACGCCUAUCUGUGGGUGCCUUUCAACUUGCUGAUUCCUCUCUUUACCUUCUUCUGCGUCCCUGAGACCAACAAGCGGACCUUGGAGGAGAUCGACGAGUGCUACAAUAACAAUGUGCCCAUCCGAAAAUUCCCCACCUACGAAUGUGUUGAGGCCAAGGAGGCUCGCCUGGAGGCCUUGGUCCAGCGAAAGUCCUAA